AUGUCACUGCUGGAGCAUCAGAAGCGAUCAUCGGCUCAAUGUUCCUUAACUGCCUGUAGCAGCACCAGCAUCAAACGCCGUCGUCACCUCACAGCGCCUAUAUCAACUGAUGCACCUGGUGCAGCGUCGUCUCCCUGGGCAUCAAUGAAUGAAGACUUGGUUCGCCUGAUUGCUUGGCGUGUGCUGGCCGGCGACUUGCUGGACUAUGUCCACUUUCGCGCGCAUCAUCGACCCGCGCUUCCACCCGUGUCGCUGGAUGAUGCUGCCGGAGGCCACGACCUGUACCCGGCCCAUGGCAAGCUCCGCGGCUACAUCCGCUUCUUCAACCUCGACACGGGGAGGUUCGUGCGAGCCAAGCUCCCGGUCUUUCAGGACCACUGCAUCCUCGAUUCGGUCAAUGGCCUCCUGGUCAUGCACCGGGACCAGGACACAGUCAUCCGUCUCUUCCAUCCUUUCACUGGUGACGUUGUCGACCUCCCACCGCUUGUGACCCUUGUGCCGCAUAUUGUUAACCGUGACCUGCCCGGGGCUUCGCACCUGACACAACGCUUCGUCUACCUCAGAAGAGUCUGUGCUUCCUUCAAUGUUAGUGCCACUGGAGUCAUCACUGUCAUGCUUGCACUUCAUCGGAUGGGCUCUGUAGCCUUUGCUACCACCCUGGAUCAGCAAUGGCACAUUUCAACCUGGACAUUACGUUGUGAUAGGCCCUUGUCGUUCCAAGGCAAACUAUACAUGGUGCGAUUGAGUUUUAUACCUGAAGAGAACUCGGAUAUAUUCCAAGUUGAUCCUCCACAGGAGGACGGGGACCAUGUCGCAGGCUUAGGUUCUUCAUUGCCAGAACCCAAGUUGAUCGCCACAAUUCCAAGUGACAAGCUCGCCAAAUCAAUCUUCCUAGUAGAAUGCAACUCGCAGAUCCUUGUGGGUGGCUACACUGAUAGAUCGCGUUCGCAUAUGGUGGUUCAUAGACUUGAAGAUCUUAAAUUGGAAAAGCUGAUUCCAUUAAGAAGCAUUGGAGAUAAGGCUCUGUUCAUUAAUGAUAGGUGUAUAUCUGUUUCCUCUAAUGGGGCAUUGCCUACUGUUGUCAGCGACACCAUUGUUCUGCCCAGCAUGAAAGAUGGGUCACUUGUUCAGUACCACCUUAAUACUAACACUUGGUCACGGGCCAUGGACGGUUGCAUCCGAAGGGGUCCGGUGUUUGGCCCCUGUAACCUUAUCUAUCAUAUUUACACCUGUUGCCGAUGUGAAUAUUGGUGA